AUGGAGAAAGAAAGAAAAAAUCAAAGUUUGGUUUUUUUGCAGAUAAUUGUGGAAUGGAUGGAUCGAAGAUAUUGUUUGCCAAUGAAUUUUGUGCCAAUUAUGGUUAUUACUUCAAAAACUUCAAUGUUAACGACGGAGUAAGUUUGGAUAAAAAUAAAGUCUGAAAUCUAAAAUUCUACAGUAUUCUGCUGGAAGUUGAAGUGAAUCGAGCUGCUGGAAAUAAUGUAAUUACAAAUAUAAAAGAUGCUAUUCUUAUAGCUUCAGAUGUUUCUGGAAUUGAAAAAACAGCCGAUUUGAGGACAAAAGUUCCAAUUAAAUGCGAUCCUUUGAGUGUGGUCAACUUUGUUUGGAAAUUGCCGAUCAAAGGAUCAUCAGUGAAACAUUCUUUGAAAUUGGAAUAUGAUGCGACUGGACAAUUUGAUAAUUUCAAUCUGCCACUUUAUUCAUUCGAAGAUGAUGUUGAAUUAAGUGUGCCUGAUGUUCGAUUCGAAAUUUGUACACAAGUAUUAUCACAACAACCCGGUGCUCAAUUAUGUCGAGCUUCUUCUCCUUGUCAUUUUGUUAUUUCAAUUAGAUGUCUUGUUGAUGAACCAAGUACAUUAUUUGUUGUAUUAGAAGCCGAUGAAAGAAUUUGGACAUUAACUGAGAGAACCAAAAGUUUGUUGUAUCUUAAAACCUUCUUAAUUAAUUAUCCAAUUAAUACAAAUAUAUUUUCAGUGUGUAGUGUAAAAGACAGUGGACUUGGUCAAUUAGCAUUAAGUAUUAUUCCAGUUGUUGCUGGAUAUUUGCCAUUUCCAAAUGUUUCAAUAUAUGAAUGUCAACAACAGGUAAAUUUUUAACAAAUUAAUAAUUUUAUUUUUUUGAUUUAUUUAUAAAAUCACAAAAAAUAGAUCAUCAUCCAAAUCGAAUUGGAAUUCUUUGAGAAGCAGCCAAAAUCAAGCAAAUUGUUAGAAAAAUAUAGUAUUUCAUGAUUCGAAUAUUUUGGUAUCAAAAUAAUCGAAUUUAUAUUAUUUUUCCCGUUAUGAAUCAUGAAAAUAAUAUACAGUAGCCCCCCACAUAUUGCGUCACUAAAAAAAUAUAAUUUUUAUUGUCAUCAAUUUUUUAUUAUGCGAAUUGAUAAAAUAGCAUAGUUAUAAACAAGAAAAGGGGAAAGUACGUUGUUCAAGAACAAUUCUAGAUAGUGAGGGAAGAAAAUUAGAAUGAUCAGUGAUGUUGUUAUCGAAUAAUUUAUAAAUAUAUCUGAAAUUAUCUAUAUCCGAUUUUUUUGCUGAAAAAAACAGAAUAUUUUCUCAUAAAUCGGACGUGGUCGGUUUUCUCGGUGUUGAUUCAAAAUCUUUUUUUUACAGGGAUUAUCUGAUGUGCAUGUUCCUGGAACUGAACUUCUUUGUUUCAAUCGAACUGCUGGAAAACAAAUUCGAGUACUUUCUGCACAUAAUUCAGAAUCACAUUUUGGAAAAGAUGAUUCGAGUCGAGGAUCAAAUCGAAUUACAAAGAAAAUUGUCAAGUUAUUUGACUAA